AUGCUUUAUCGUCAGCAGCUCGCCGCUGAAGGACUGGAUGCGCACAAUUGCGAGCCACCGCCUGUUGCUCAACAAGCCGAGCCGACCGUGGCAGUUCCGUCUCCGACGCCUCAAGACCAGCACAAGUCGGAGUCGUUGAGCGACCAACUCGGGACGCACCUGAUCCUGACCACCGAGGCACAGAUCAGCCCUUCGACCAGCGACUGGCGCUACGACAGCUCCGAGGAGCAUAACGGAGAGCCUCCCGUCAAGUUCCGCUCGCCCCCUGAUAAGGCAGUACCCGAAUCGGGCACCUUCUACAAGUCUCUUCCGCUCAGUUCGUUGUGGCGCCUUGUCAAGUCGAAGGCAGCUGGAGGAGCCACCUCGCCACAAAGGCCACGCAAGAAAGACGCGCGCCAGACUGGAACGCUUCGCAGACCAAACACAAAUGCUUCCGAUAAGCCGGUGGUGGCACUAGCUGCAACUGCGAGCCAAGCAGAACCCCUGCAAAAGCUGACGACAUUUCAUGACGACGACCAUGAGCUCACAAUACCGUGCACGAGCCCAGACGUAGCCCUUCCAGCAGCGGUUGCAAAUCACGACCAUGCGGCGUGUAGCGACAGUGAAAUGGUACGCACAGCCGGCUCAGUUGUACACGAGCGCCUUGGAGCAGCACCCUCAGAAAUGAUGUACCAUAAGUCUUCCCCACCAGGGCAGGCGCCGUCUACCCCGAACUCAAAACAACUUGCAAGAGACCGCGAGAGAGCUUCUGUCGUAGUGGAGCAGUCACUUGGUCCAGAGCCUCAGGCUCUUUCGAGGCUGCGGCGUUUGCUUGACGACGAGCUGGUGGGUAAAGUAGGAGUCACCAAACCACCUUUAGGCGAGGAUGCAGCACCAGAUCCCGCUCCACUCUCACCGUCACCCUCACGGCGGUCAUAUGUGCGACCUUCCCAUGUGGUGACCAUGGUACCCAUGAAAUCCGAAAGUCCAUCAGCCACCCUGCUGCGAGCUGCGACAGAGUCUGCGGAUGCAGAGGGUCCACCCGGUUCCCAAGAACAUCCUGUCCCAGCGGAAUUGCCUAGAGGCGCUAAAAAGGGGAAAGUGUCAACACCAUCUACGAAACAGGGUUCCAGGUCUCCCCUCAAAGCCGACCAGGGUGCGACGAUGUCACCUCCACUUCCUGCAUCAGGUGGGGUGAAGGACAGUAUUUCCCCGGAAAGCGUCGGUUCACCAGAGCUUCAACCACCGCCGGCCAAACCAUCGCACCACAAAAGGCACCACGGUUUUCCCACCAGGAAGUCGAAGUCAAGGAAAGUGAACGCUCACCAGGUGGUGCUGCCGUCGCCUCAUUCGAAGGCCAAUAAGAGCAAAGCGGUGGCUCACAAAGCCACCUCUAGAGAAAAGACGCAGCCAGGAGCGGGCAAGCCUGCAGCUCUGGACAGCAGCGCGCUUGUCGCGCCAUCUGCUGAUGGUUAUCCGUUGGAGGAGUCUGCUUCACCGGCCAUAGGCAGCACGACGUCGCCACCUUGGAGUGAGUGUGAGGAACCGGAGCAUGCAAGCGACGAGCCUCACGUGCGAGAGAACACUGCCGCAGAGGAACCCAGGAGUUCCGACCACGCCAGCCAACUUGCCCUUCAAGACGGCGCCGAGCUCAAGGAAACGGCUGCGUCAUUACCCGUCGACGCGGCGCCGUCUGUAUUUAUAGCAGAGCUUCCUGAAGGACCUGCCACAGACACACCGACAUUCCAGGCUGACCUAGGGAGCCCCUGCGUCUGCGCCAGUGUCAGCAGAAAUUUACGUGGAUCGAGCUGA